AUGUGUCUCCUCCUGGGAGCCUCGGGGGUCGGGAAGACGCUGCUGGUGAAACGACUGGAGAAGCUGAGCUCGCCGGAUGGGACGGGUGACCUAGGGGAGCCACCCCCGACGCGGCCCACGGUGGGCACAAAUCUUACUGACAUCAUGGCUCAGAGAAAAAUCACCAUCCGGGAGCUGGGGGGCUGCAUGGGCCCCAUCUGGUCCAGUUACUAUGGAAACUGCCAUUCUCUCCUGUUCAUGAUGGAUGCCUCUAACCCCACCCAGCUCUCUGUGUCCUGUGUGCAGCUCUUGGGUCUCCUUUCCGCAGAACAACUUGCAGAAGCAUCGGUCUUGAUACUCUUCAAUAAAACUGACCUACCUUGCUACAUGACCAUGGAGGAGAUUAAGUCAUUAAUCCGGCUCCCAGACAUCGUUGCCUGCGCCAAGCAGAAUAUCGCCAUGGCAGAAAUCAGCGCCUGGAAAGGCACUGGCUUGGCAGGGGUGCUACGCUGGCUCCAGGACACCCAUAGAACCAGCAGUUGACUACAAGGCAGAGAAAUGUGGCUGUCCAGCACUGUGGAGAAAAGAGACAGAGGGUGGAAUUGCUUGGUUUGUCCAAUGAUUUGUCCUUAAAGGGGCAGAAUGACCCAACAUAACCCUAGAUGACAGGGCUUUAUGCUGAGUUGCAGUGAAGGGUAAGUUGAGGCACCCAGAAUAUGGAAGCUCCUGACAUCUAGCCUCUGAGUGAAAAGACUGUCAGGCUGGAAGAGGAGGAUGGCUGACUGAGUGUCCUGCCAUCCCGGAAUGGUGCUCCUGGGGUUUGGUCCCCUCCUGCCAGGAAACCCCCAGGGCUUUGCCCGAGAUGUUAGGACUGCAUGGCACCACUGGUGCCUGGUCUCUGGCCUGUAGUACAUGAUCCAACGUGUUCGAGCUCCCAGUACCCUGGCCAUGUGUCCCCCACAGAUGCGAGGUGGAUGAGGGGAGUGCGAUAGUAACAAACAAGCCUCGAGUUAGAAACAAGACCCAGCGUUUUCACCAGUUCACACGUUCAGUGAACGUGUGUUGCGCCGAGGCGCCCCCAGGUUGCAGGGGCUCGCACAGGUAUGGGAGGGGAGGCUCAGGAGAAGCACAGGAGGUGGUGGCUGUGGUUCCCCUGUGUCCUGCCUGAGCAUCCCCUCUCAGCUGUGGCUGCCUGCAAGAGAGCACUGGUGUCCUGUGGCUGCCAGAACAAAUGACCACAAACUGGACGGC